AUGACCUCUACACAGCGGGUUCGCGACUUUGCAGGUGAUAUUCUUGCCUUUCACGAGACCCAUCAUGAUGCGCUAAAGGGCACACUCGAGCGGGAUCUGCACGGCAACCUCCCGCGCCACCUUCACAGUGAGAUUCUACAGGAAAACACGGCACCAUCUCGACCACCAACUACAGGAACGCCGCGAUCCUCGUUGUACCGCACGCCACAGUGGGCUGAGCUCAGCGAGUGCCUUCGUGAAGUGUCGUUGGCGCCUCUCCCAGAUGCAGAUGCCCCUCGCGUCGCCGAGUCCCGAGCAGUACCCCUCUCUCGCUCGUCAUCGACGACCACGUCGUCUUUGCCAGAAUAUCAGGUGGUAAAGCGCCUUGCGGAUCUCUCGCAGGCGUGCGAUGUGGACCCGGAAGCCGUUGCAGCCGCUCUGCAGGAGGCUGAGAAGGUGCUGGAGGCUCCCACGGACGCCGGCAGAGAUCGUGAAUAUGCACCCCGCGGCAGUGCGACGGCUGUCGAGCGCUCCGCAGCCAAGGCACGCUUACCGCUGGGUGGUGUGCAAGUGACAUCCGCCUCUGUCGCGCAUUCUGAAGAGGAUCUUCAUUCACGGCGGCCGCGACACCACCACCACCACCGACGGCGUCAGGAUCACCAUUGCGACGGGAGCUGUACCCGUUCACCUGACCGUGUCGCUACAGCCGCCAGGUUAGGAGCAACGUCUGGAUGCCACUGCUUCUUUCCAUGGGGUUGGCCAACCCUGCCUUGUCCUGUCCGCGCAGGGACGAAUAUAUCCGCCGACAACCACUCCAACCUUCACAUGUCUUCUGGGACGGCGGAAAUUAUUGACCCCGCCAUGCGUUGGUAUGACGUGUACUAUGCCUGGAUGCUCUACUACCAGCAGCUGUACGCCUUCCAGGUGCUGCAAGGACGGCAGCAGCAGUGCGCUAAGCAUGGAAAAAGACAGAGCUGCCGCAUCCAUCAUGGUAGGCAUGGCGACUCUCACACAGCCAGCUCGGGGCCUGAAGUGUUGACAGGAGACCAAGAAGACGGCACUCGAUGUGUUCAUGUGGAGCGGCACUCUCGCGCAGCCGCACAGGCAGAUCGAGGCGAUGUGGCCCAAGGGGGUGGAAGUGGUGUGGCUGAGGCCUCCCCAUUAAUGAAUGCACAGCCGAUUUUCCAUCACUGCCCUGUUUCUCCGCAGAAACCAAGGACUCAAACCUGCACGCCAAGAGCACUACAGGUGUCGGGUGAGAAAAACGCGAAAAGGGACGACGAGGCGGCACGUCUACGUGCUGAGCUGCGCCACCUCAAGGAGGAGUACGCAGCACUCUCAUCUUGCUUGGUCGAUUUGGGAGGUGAGGGGAGGCAGUUUCUGACUUGUGGAGAUCGUCGUGUUAGACACUCUGCCACCGCCUCUGUCGAAGGUGCAAACCUCGCAGAACCGCAUCCAGCGCGGCCGCCUGCGCCGGUAGCUCUUCGCGCGAAGGGUGGUAAGCGGUUUGGCAGCCGCGACGAUGCCGACCCAAUGUCACAUUACGGUUCUUUGGCACCCGCGGAGACUUGGCAGUCUCUUUCGGAGCGCCAGCGCAGCAAAGCCUUAUCUCCGGUGCCACAUGUCCGCACAGGUCGUGGUUCCUCACCACAGCGAUUUUCACAUCAGCGACCACAGUGGCGACACUGA